AUGGUACCUCCUCAGGGCUAUUACAAGGCCCAACCUGGUCAAUCUUCUCAUGACCACUGUCUUUUCAUACAGCAUACUGACAUUGUGUUUGUGAUCUUGCUGGUAUAUGUUGAUGAUGUUAUAUUAACUGGGAAUUUUGUAGAUGCUAUUAAUAAAUGCAAGAUGGCCUUACAUUCAAAAUUUACCAUUAAAGAUUUGGGACCUAUGAAAUAUUUCCUAGGGCUGGAAGUUGCAAGAUCUUCUCAUGCAACAAUUAUCAGCCAAACAAAGUUCAUUUGUGAUGUUCUCAAAGAUGCAUGCAUGCUUCAAUGCAAACCUGCAUCUUCCCCCUUGCCUCAAGGGUUACAUCUGACCCCUGACUCAGGGGAGCCUCUUUCUAAGCCUGACAUGUACAGAAUGUUACUUGGUAGACUCCUUUAUAUUAACUUAACAAGGCCAGACAUUUGCUAUGCUGUCCAACAUCUAAGUCAAUUUAUGAAUAAGCCUCGAAAGCCCCAUUGGGAGGCUGCUCUUCAUGUCCUUCGCUACCUUAAGGGAUCCUUACACCAGGGUCUUUAUUUCCCUAUGAGUGAUGAUCUGUCUCUUAGUGCCUAUUGUGAUUCUGACUGGGCAGCUUGCACUUACUCUGGCAAGUCUCUAUCUGGGUAUUGUAUAUAUUUGGGACCUUGUCUCAUCUCCUGGAAAACAAAGAAACAGACUACUGUUUCCAAGUCUUCCGCUGAAGCUGAAUACCGUGCCAUGGCUAACACUGUGUGUGAACUACUUUGGAUUAGUUACAUUUUGCAGGACUUGCAGGUACUCAUUAAACUGCCCAUACCUCUACAUUGUAACAGCAAAGCAGCCAUGUACAUUGCUGCCAAUCCAGUAUUCCAUGAGCACACGAAGCAUAUCGAGAUUGACUGCCAUCUUGUGCGAAACCAACUUCAACAGGGUUUUAUUUCUCCUAGAUAUCUUCCUACCCAAGAGCAAUUGGCGGAUAUCUUCACUAAGGGACUUCCAACAAACCGUCAUAACUAUCUGGCACACAAGUUGAAUCUUUUGCCCCUCCCGACUUCAACUUGA